AUGAUAAAAGAAAAUUCUUAAAAGAGUUCCAAAUAAAUGAAGUCACAUUAAAUAGAACAAUUACAGACUUAAUCUGCUUUUGAUGACGACUAAGAGAAUGAAUCAAGAGUCUUUGAGUAGCAAAAGAAAAAUGUGAGGUAUUUAGCUUUUUGUUAUUUGGCUCUUUUCGUAGCAUUUAAUUCUACAUAGAAUUUAGUCUCUACAUUGUUUAAGCAGUAGGGUUUUUAAUAUUUAGGCCUUAUAAGUUUGUUUUUUAUUUACUUCUUUUUCGCUAUUUCCUCUUUGUUUGCAAAAACAUUGAUUGGAAAAUAUUCUUACAAGCACAUAUUUCCUUUAAGCUCCUUGGGUUAUACUUCUUUUGUAUUGAGUGGUAUUUGGGUUUGCUCUUGUUCUAAUGAUAACUAAAAUGAAGGCAGUUGUUCUCCCUUUAUGAUCUAUUUUAUUGUUAUUCUUUGUUCUAGUUUAUGUGGAAUUUGCUCUGGAACUCUAUGGGUAGGCUAAGGAGGCUAUAUGGAAUGCGUGUUUGCUUUAAUCAAGCAUAACAAAGGUACUAUUUCAGGAGUAUUUUGGUCAAUACGUUAAUCAAGCCACUUAAUAGGAAAUGUCUCUGCUAUGAUUAUUCUAAAUACUAUAGAUAACAAUAUAUAUUUUUUUAUUUAUAUGGGUAUUAUAGCUCUUACUGCUUCUGGCAUGUUUUACUUUAUUGCUACCAUAGAAAAACCCAAGCGAUCCCAUCAUGAAAUCAAGCAAUAGCUUCUAUAAGAAAGUACUUAGAUUAUAAGAUAAGAAUUACCUUUAAAAGAAUAGGUUUCAAGAGUUUUGAGAUUAAUGAAGAGUCUUAAAUUUUAACCUUUCCUCUUCUUAAAUCUCCUUUCUGGAGUGGCAUAAGCUUUUUCUAGUGGCUUUUUAAGAAAUUUAGUCAAGGAAUCAGUUGAAGGAGAUGAGAGAAUAGUUUCAUAGAGUUUAUCAUUUGUUCUUAUCACUUUUGGUAUUUUCGAAUAUUUGGGCGGUGUCAUUUCUGGAUAUUUGAUAAAUAGGAUUAAUGUAUACUAUCUAGCUACCAUCAGCACUUUGGCAAUCCUCUUAGGAUUGUUAUUAAGUUUUAUUGGCCUAUUAACAAAAAUAUAUGCAAUUUGCUUCUUGAUAAGUUCAAUAUUUGGCUUUAUUGAUUGUUAUAUUAAUAAUAUUUCAUAAGUUAUCUGCAACAAUGACUAUAAAGGAUUUAUUGAAGUAUUUUAAGCUUAAAGACUCGUUUUUGCUAUUUCUAAUACUUGCACCUAAGUAAUUCUACUUUUAUUAACUGACUCUCCUGAAUAUACUUUCCUAAGCAUUGUUUUUAUAAUCGCUCUAGUAUCUAACUUUAUAGUUUCCUUAUUCCCUAUAUUAGGCUAAAAAGAUCAUGGGUUGAGUAAGCAUUCAUUCUGA